AUGCAUAUUUCCCACCUUCUGGCCUUUUGUGGUCUUCCUGUGGCUUUAGCUGCAUACCAGAAUCCUUCAAUCAAGGCUGAUAUCCGUGCCGAUACCAACCGCGACGGAAAGGUUGAUCUCAAAGGCACUUCGGAUAAAGCCCUUAAUGGCCCAGCGCUGAGCAACGAGGAACUUGACGACUGCAAUGAUGCAUCCGACAAUAUCCAUAGAUCGCCUCGAUAUUUGGCUCCUCUCAAGACUGUGCCUAUUCCAUCUGCUUCCAAGAACAUCAAGGGAACUGUGUCCAUUCCUGAUGCUAAGCAGCGCCGUUUCUCUCGUAUCUUCCGUAAGGAGGGAGACAAAUGGGUUUUUGUGGACGAAAAGUACGUUUUCAGCCAGAAGGAGUUGAAGUCUGGACUUGACUUAGGGAUCGAUGGUCGAGAUACUCGACGACCUGAUGGCUGGGACGGACGAGUCACUGUUCGCUUUGAACUUAACGACGGCGGGGUCAAGUCUUCUGAUGAAGUGAUGCUCCGCGUUGCCCCCGUCUUGAUUCAUCAUCACCUCCAAAGCGUCCAACAAGUCUUAGCUGUCCAGGGUAACAAGACCGAUUCGCCGUACCUGAUCGGAUUCACCGAGAGCCUAUCCUCAGUGGUCAAAGCGGCUGGUAUCAAGAAAGACCUAUAUCUUUUCAACGCCAGUGAUGAUAUCUGGGCUCAGGGCUUUAUGGAGCCUGGCUAUGCAAACAUGCCUGGGCCCAAGGGUACUGUUUCCAUUCGUAUCAUGGUCAGAUCCCCCCAAGACGAGCGCGUGGCUGGUCGUCAGCUCUUUGAGUAUUAUCGCAAGGCUGGCGUUGGUGCCGUGCAGCAUCUCGGAGGAGCGCGUGACGAGAUUAACUCUGGGGGUAACAUCGAGACUAUUCCCCCUCAUACUUUCAAAGGCAAGUCUUGGCCAUCUGGUCGUGUCAUUCUGGGAAACCAUGGCAAGCAGAAGCAUCAUAUUCUUCCGUACCUUCUGGCUCAGGAGGCUCAGCACCCUGUUCUACUCGACACUGCUUGGCUCGCUAUUGGUCAUGUCGACGAGUUUGUUCAGUUUCUCCCGGCUAAGAACAAGCGAGGAUGGGUUGCUGUCAUCGAUGACCCUCGUGCUGGUAUCAAACUUCUCGAGGCUCAGCGCAAGGCUGGUCAUGGAGAUAUCCCCGCUAUCUCGCGCAAGAAUGAUACCAGCAAUGGUUCUAGGGAUGACUACAGUGGCUGGGCUUGCGGGCCUAUUCCUGUCAACUCCCCUUCUAUUAGCGGACUCCUCAAUGACAAGAAGUUGAUGAAGCUCAACGAUCAAUGCGCGCGUCGUAUUGAUGGCAACAUUGAGAUCCUCAAGCGCGAGGUUGGACUGACUGACGAAGACAUCAUUCGCAUUCCUUCUUUGUUUGAGGGUAGUAAGUUCCCCGGGGCUGAAGACUCUCGUCUCCAAGUUGGCGCCUUCUUCCCUGGUGUUGUGAAUAACCUAGUCCUUACUGGCUACAACACAUGUGUUGCACCUAACCCCUGGGGUCCUGUUGUCAAAGGAAAGGAUGUCAUUGCCGAGGCUAUUAAAGCCAAGUACUCCAAGAUCGGCGUUGACCUCAAGUUUAUCGAUGACUGGAAUACUCACCAUAACUAUGGUGGAGAGGUUCAUUGUGGAAGCAAUAGCAUCCGCGACAUGUCUGCUCGCUGGUGGUAA